AUGGACGAUGUUGGAUGGAUGGUUGUGCUCGUGCCACUUUUGUCGUUCACCGUGACCCAGGAUGGUAGUAAUGGCAAUGGUAAUGGUAAUGUCACCCCGGCUGUUAAAAAUCACCUAGAGCUUUUGUUGGAAGGGUGGAAGGGAAGGAACUUGAAGACUUGUGUAUUGUGUGCUUUGGAUCUUGGAUCUUGGAUCUUGGAUCUGAUAGAUGAGGAUGAGGAUGAGGAUGAGGAUGAGGAUGAGGAUGAGGAUGAGGAUGAGAUUGAAAGCAGAUAG